CACACACACACGACUAAUGACAGCACACAGUUGUUAUUGUCAUAAAUAAAUAACAUUAGUUGCAAUAGUUUGUGAUAAUUGUGAUUAUAAUUAAUAUAUUUAAAUUAAAUUAAUAAAAGUCAUGUCAUUUCUACCACUGUGGCCAAGUUUACAGCCAAGAUCAACAGAUCCAUUAUGGUUUAAUGCAGACAAGCCUUGUGAUGAUGAAGAUGUUGUUGACAAAUUAGAGUCAUCACAUCAAGCAUGGAAAGAUCGUACUCGAGCAGCUGGUUGUGAUCAAAUUCCAAUUGGUAAAUCAGCAAGUGAUUUUCGUGGAUCUGAAGAAGAAGAGGAGGAAGAAGAGGAAGAAGAAGAAGGUGAAGGUGAAGAUGAAGAAGAAUCUGACACACAUGAAGAAGAGGAAGAAGAGUUUGAUGAAAUCGACAUGGAAGUAAGUUAUUCACAUCCACAACAACGUACAAGUCCAACUGACAAUACUACCACUGAUCCAGUGUCCAUACGUAUGGUCAGUUCUCGUUAUUCAGCAGCCCCUUAAUUUAUUUAUUGCUUCAACUACCCUUUGACUAUCUUUGUGCUGCGUUUAUUCGUUAUUUGAUUUAUUAGUUUGAAAUUAAUUAAUUAAAAUUUAAAUAUAUAUUUAUACUGAGAUUAAAAAUAUCAACUUUGAUUUCGAAUAAAAACAAAAACUUAUUUUAAAUAAUUUUUCAGUGAUUCGAGCUCAAAAAAUUGUUGGUAAAUUUUCUAGUUUUUAGUCGUCAAUUGACUAACUGGCCAGGCUGAGAUAUUUUUUUUCUCUGAGCUUAUGAUAAUGUUAAUGAUAAUAUUAGAAAAUUAAUAAAAUAAAAAAAGCGUUAUAAAAAAUA